AUGGAUGUUGACAUUGAGCGUCAAGUGUCAGCCUGUGAAGCAUGUCGGAAAGUACUACCUAAUGCGCCCAAGUCUCCUGCAAACCCUUGGAGAUGGCCUUCAGCGCCAUGGAGUCGUAUCCAUAUCGACUUCGCCGGUCCAUUUAUGGAUGAAAUGUACAUGAUCGUAGUAGACGCGCAUUCGAAGUGGCUUGACGUAAUACGUAUGUCUUUGACAACUUCGACAAGUACCAUCAAUGCCUUGAGGUAUUUGUUCGCGUCUUAUGGUUUACCAAAAGAACUGGUUUCCGAUAAUGGUCCUCAGUUCCCCGCGGCCGAGUUUACCACAUUUCUAAAGGAAAACGGCGUGCGUCAUAUUCUUUCUGCACCAUAUCACCCAAGUUCAAAUGGGGAGGCAGAGAGGGCAGUGCGGACUUUUAAGCAAGCUAUGAAAUCAAUGGCUCAGGAAGGUGGUACACUGAACAAGAAACUUGCUUCGUUUCUCUUGUCCUAUCGUACCACACCCCAUAGUCUUACCAAGACUACCCCCAGUGAACUAUUCCUAGGCAGAAAGUUAAGAACCAGACUUGAUGUCAUGCGUCCACAUCUGUCGGGGAAUAUACAACAAAAGACUACCCCUACAGUGUCAAAGGCUCGUUAUUUUGAAGUCGGUGACAUUGUGAUUACCCGAGACUAUCACGGAAACCCGAGGAAACCUACAUGGAGCAAAGGCAUUGUGCUUCGCAAACUAGGACCCCUUGCAUACACCAUCCAGAUGGACAACCUAACAUGGAAGAGACAUGUUGAUUAG